AUGCCUUUAAAUGAUGCAAUAGCUGAAGCUUUAGCUGAAAAUGGACACAAUGUCACAGUCGUUACCAACCAUUUACCUUCGAAAAAGAAUCUCCCAUAUCGCUAUAUCUAUCUGGAUGUUCCACAAAUUUCAGCUGAAAUUUAUUCUGAAGCUGUCAAUAAACGACCAGCAUAUUACAGAACAAUAACCUCUUUUAUUGAUGCAGCUUCGGAAAUUUCAAAUUCAAGUUUACAUCAUCCGUUAAUGCAGAAAUUAAUGGACGAAGAGUCCUUUGACUUAGUUCUACAUGGAUAUUUAUUUAAUGAAUUUUUAUUUGGUGUUGCGGCUCAUUUCAAAUGUCCACUUGUUCUGUCAUUCUCAGUAAGACCGAUAACAAGUGUCAAUGAUAUGAUAGGAAAUCCGCAGGAGUUUUCUUAUGUCCCAACUUUGGCUACCAGUGCAAAACAACCAAUAGGAUUUUUUGAUCGAGUUGAAAAUUUCAUCUACGUUAGAAUUGGAAGAGAAUUGAUAUUUCGUCCUUAUUUAUGGUUUAGGCAGGAAAUGUAUUACAGAGCAAAUUUCCCAUCUGACAAGUUUCCAUCGUUGGAUACCAUGAUGAAGAAUAUUUCACUGAUCUUUACAGCCCAUCAUUUUAGUCAGGGACCAAUUCGUCCAGAUGUCCCGGCAAUGGUUGAAAUUGGUGGAAUUCAAAUUAAAGAAAAACCUGAUCCACUUCCUGAGGACAUAAAAUCAAUUUUAGACAAUUCCACUGAAAACGGAGCGAUUUUCUUCAGUCUUGGGACAAACAUAUUUAAAAGCCAUUUAGAUCCGUCUAAAGUCAAGAUCAUUUUUGAAGUUCUAUCAAAACUUCCACAAACAGUUCUGUGCAAAUGGAGUGAUGACGAAUUCCCAAUACAAUCCAAUAACAUUUUUUAUAGAAAAUGGUUGCCUCAGGAUGAUAUUCUAAAUCAUCCGAAUUUGAAACUUUUUGUUACUCAUGGAGGUUUGGGUGGUAUUACCGAAGCCCAAUAUCAUGGUGUUCCAAUGGUUGGAAUUCCCCUAGUAAAUGAUCAACCUGUCAAUGUUAGGAAUAUGGAAAAUGCUGGUUUUGGAUUAAGUGUGGAUUAUGCAGCUCUAACUGAGGAAAGUGUGCGUGGAACGAUCAUAGAAGUUUUAUCAAAUCAGACAUACAGAGAUAAUGUUCGAAGAUUUGCUAGACUUUAUAGAGAUAGACCCUUGAGUGCUAAGCAAACAGCUGUAUAUUGGGUGGAGUAUGUACUUCGGCAUCGUGGUGCUCAACAUUUGCAAAGUCCUGCAAUCUAUAUGAAUACUUUCCAGCUGAUGUCACUUGAUGUUAUCGGAUUUUUGAUUGCUGUUUCUGCAAUAGCAGAAGCCUUAGCUGAACGUGGACAUAAUGUCACAGUUGUAUCAACACAUCCAUCAAUCAAAGCAAACCUCCCAUAUCGAUAUAUUUAUUUGAAUGUUCCACUAGUAUCAGCUGAAAUUCUUGCAGAAGCUGUCAAUAAACGACCUUCAUUUUUAAAAGCUUUAACCUCAUUCAUUAAAGCGACUUCUAUUAUUACAAAUGAAAGCUUACAUCAUCCACUUAUGCAGAAAUUAAUGAAAGAAGAAUCUUUCGAUCUGGUUAUACAGGGAUAUUUUCUUAAUGAUUUUCUAUUCGGUGUAGCUGCAAAUUUCAAGUGUCCAAUUAUUCUAUCGUAUCCAACGAGGCCUACAUCCAAUGUCAACGAUUUUGUGGGAAAUCCUCAAGAAUUCGCUUAUGUUCCAAAUAUGUUAAGUCCUGCAAAACAACCAAUAGGAUUUUUUGAUCGAGUAAAAAAUUUCAUCUAUGUUAGAAUGGGAAAAGAAGUGGCUUUUCGGUCUUUACUAAAGAUAAGCCAGGAAUACUAUUACAGGGCCAAUUUUCCAUCAGACAAAUUUCCAUCGUUAGAUACCAUGAAGAAGAAUAUUUCGAUAAUCUUCACGGCUCAUCAUUUUAGUCAGGGACCAAUUCGACCAGAUGUACCGGCAAUGGUUGAAAUUGGUGGAAUUCAAAUAAAGGAUAAGCCUGAUCCUCUUCCUGAGGAUUUAAGAUCAAUUUUAGACAAUUCCACUGAAAACGGAGCAAUCUACUUCAGUCUUGGAACAAAUAUAUUAAAAAGCCAUUUGGAUCCUUCGAAAGUGAAGAUCAUAUUUAAAGUUCUUUCGAAACUACCUCAAACAGUUUUGUGCAAAUGGAGUGAUGAUGAAUUUCCAAUAGAAUCUCCAAACAUCUUUUAUAGAAAAUGGUUACCACAGGCUGAUGUUCUGCAUCAUCCUAACGUCAAGCUUUUUAUUACCCAUGGCGGUUUGGGUGGUAUUACUGAAGCAAAAUAUCAUGGUGUUCCAAUGGUUGGAAUUGCUUUAUUUAAUGAUCAACAUGCUAAUAUGGAAAAUGUUCAAACUGAUGUCUUUGGCUUGAGUUUGGAUUACAAGACUCUUACAGAGAAAGUUAUGAGUAAUGCCAUAAAAGAAGUCCUAUCCAACAGAACUUAUUCAGAUAAUGUUAAACGGUUUUCAAGACUCUACAGAGAUCGACCCUUGACUCCAAAACAAACAGUUGUUUAUUGGGUUGAGUAUGUGCUGCGAUAUCAUGGUGCUUCACAUUUGCAAAGUCCAACAAUUCACAUGAAUAGUUUCCAGCUAUUGUCACUCGAUGUGAUUGGUUUCUUGAUUGCUGUUUCGUAUGUAAUUUUAAAGGCUACUAAAAUGAUUUAUUUUAUCUUGAAAAGGAUAUUGUGUGAGAAUAAAAUUAAAAAUGAGUAA